CUAUAGAUCCGUUAGCAGCGACGAUUCUAGUAAUUUUAAUAUCAUUUCUAUAAACCGUGGAGUAAAAUAUAUAAUCUACUUGAUACACUGGGAUGAGUGAUCUAAUUCCUCAGGAAAGCCAAAACACAAGGACCUCUGGACAUAAGCUGGAUUUGUAUGACUUGAUUGGGGGUAGUUGGCCUCCUGCACCUCGGCCACCUGAGCACCCUGAGUAUGGGUCAGUGCCUAGCAGACGCACUAUGCAGCAUUCAUCGCCACAUGAACGAGUGAAAUCUGUAAACAUCAUUAAUCACCUGGCUCCAGAAAAAAGAAGAAUUAAACCCACAACUGCAAAUACUGCAUCUGCAAAUUCUGAGGAACGGCCAAAAAGCAAAAUGGUACAUGAGCCAAAGAAAAUUGAAACUGGAAUUCUUGUUGAUGUGUGCAGUGGAGAUGGACCCGAAGAGUUGUACGAUUCGCCAGUGCCCGGAUCCCCGAGGGCAGUUCCAGCGCAAAGACCUUCACCCCUACACUUACAGGAAGACAUAGGCGUGGGGUCUCUGGUGGAGGUUGCUACAGAUGUGGAUCAACAGUAUUAUGGAGUAGUCAGGUGGAUUGGGAUUAUUGAUGACACAGCGACAGCGGGCGUGGAGUUGGAGCAAAGCGUGUGCGGGCUAGGCGACGGCACGCGCGGUUCAGCGCGGCUGUUCUCGUGCGCUCCAGGGCGAGCGCUGUUCGUGCCGCUGCCACUCUGUCGCCGCGAUGCGCGCUUCCGUGAUACGCCGCCACCCGACACGGCGCGCUCUGACCCGGACCUGCACCUCGACCAGCCGGAGUGCCCGCUGGUGACGGGCGUGGUGCCGCCGCUGAGCUCGCUGGGCGAACUGGCGGGCAAGAACCGCGGCAUCCAGGGCCACCACAACUCCUGCUACUUGGACGCCACGCUCUUCGCCAUGUUUACGUUCACGAGUGUCUUCGAUGCGCUGCUGUAUCGUCCGCCGGAGCCGGAGGAUUCGCCGCACUACCUGGAGGUUCAGCGCGUACUACGCGAGGAAGUUGUGAACCCGCUGCGGAGGCACGGCUACGUGCGCGCCGACCGCGUCAUGCGCCUGCGGACUCUGCUCGAGCGCCUCUCCGACGUGCCCGGCCUCACCUCCGAGGAGAAGGACCCAGAAGAGUUCCUAAACGGCCUUGUCGCUCAGCUACUGAGAGCGGAACCAUUCCUAAAGCUAUCCUCGGGACAGGAGGCUUUUUGCUAUCAGCUGUUCGUGGAAAAGGACGAACAGAUCACGUUGCCCACUGUUCAACAGUUGUUAGAGCAGUCGUUCGCUACCUCGGGUGUGAAGCUUAGUGAGGUACCAGCUGCGUUUAUAAUUCAAAUGCCACGUUUUGGCAAGCAAUACAAAUUGUACCAACGAGUGCUGCCGUCACCACUGCUUGACGUAACGGAUCUCAUUGAAGGCUUGCCCCGACAAUGCACGGUGUGCGGCGGCCUGGCGCGCUGGGAGUGCAGCGCGUGCGCGCGCGGCGGCUCGCUGGAGGCGGGCGCGCUGUGCGCCGCCUGUCUGCGGCUCGCGCACGCGUCGCGCCCGCACCACAAGGCAACGCCGCUGUUAGUGCCGGAGGAGUGGACGAGCGUGUUGGAGGGCGCACCAGCGCCGCGCGUAUAUAUGGAGCUGUUCGCAGUCCUGUGCAUUGAGACCAGUCACUACGUGGCCUUCGUCAAGGCGGGGCAGGCGCUCGACGCGCCCUGGUGCUUCUUCGACUCCAUGGCUGACCGCAAGGGCGAGCGCAAUGGCUACAACAUCCCCGAGUGCGUGUGCAUCCCGGAGCUGGGCGCGUGGCUGAGCGAGGACGGCGCCCGAGCUCUACUAGCGUCGGCGCCGCACGACCGCCAGCUGCCCGCGCCCGCCAAGCGCCUGCUCGCCGACGCCUACAUGUGCUUCUACCGCAGCCCCGACGUGGCCAUGUACCGGUAGAUAACGGCCACAACAUCCCCGAGUGCGUGUGCAUCCCGGAGCUGGGCGCGUGGCUGAGCGAGGACGGCGCCCGAGCUCUACUAGCGUCGGCGCCGCACGACCGCCAGCUGCCCGCGCCCGCCAAGCGCCUGCUCGCCGACGCCUACAUGUGCUUCUACCGCAGCCCCGACGUGGCCAUGUACCGGUAGAUAACGGCCACAACAUCCCCGAGUGCGUGUGCAUCCCGGAGCUGGGCGCGUGGCUGAGCGAGGACGGCGCCCGAGCUCUACUAGCGUCGGCGCCGCACGACCGCCAGCUGCCCGCGCCCGCCAAGCGCCUGCUCGCCGACGCCUACAUGUGCUUCUACCGCAGCCCCGACGUGGCCAUGUACCGGUAGAUAACGGCCACAACAUCCCCGAGUGCGUGUGCAUCCCGGAGCUGGGCGCGUGGCUGAGCGAGGACGGCGCCCGAGCUCUACUAGCGUCGGCGCCGCACGACCGCCAGCUGCCCGCGCCCGCCAAGCGCCUGCUCGCCGACGCCUACAUGUGCUUCUACCGCAGCCCCGACGUGGCCAUGUACCGGUAGAUAACGGCCACAACAUCCCCGAGUGCGUGUGCAUCCCGGAGCUGGGCGCGUGGCUGAGCGAGGACGGCGCCCGAGCUCUACUAGCGUCGGCGCCGCACGACCGCCAGCUGCCCGCGCCCGCCAAGCGCCUGCUCGCCGACGCCUACAUGUGCUUCUACCGCAGCCCCGACGUGGCCAUGUACCGGUAGAUAACGGCCACAACAUCCCC